UGUUGGUGAGCGCGAUGGCAACGUCGAUGCUGAGUGCGAGCGCACAGCCGACGUCCUGCUCUGAAGAUCCUCAAUGUCCCGUCGGCUUCUACUGCGUACCAAAGUUAUACUAUUGUCAAGAGUGCUUGAACUGCGAUAAAUACAAACGUGAACCUCCUAAACACAUACCUUGCAUCACAUCUAUAUCGGAUUGCGGGAAGUGUUUGAAAGGAUAUGUGCAGGACGUGACUGGCGAUUUCUGCGUAUCGCUCGACGACCAAGGACAAUCUGAGUCUCCACCAUGGUACAUAUGGUUCGUGAUCACGUCCAUAAUAAUUAUCUUCGUGAUCUUCGCCGUCGUACUGUACAUAUUUCUUCGCAGACGAAAAAUCGAUCAAAGACUUGAUAUCGUAGGUAAUGCGUCGCGCGAUCCGAUGAAACCGCCAGAACCCCCAAGCGCCCCGCCCGAGCCAACACAACCAUUGCGCUCGGACUCCAACUACUCGGAGUCUCUGCCACCGUACUCCGAAUACCCGGUCCCACUGUACAAUGAAGAAACUGAGCUGCCGCUAGUGAAGCGCAACCCGGCGGACUUGCCCUAUUCACGCGGCAUGCAGCGUGACAGCAACCAGGCCACUAAACCGUUUUCUGCGCCGUACUGGAUCAACAACAGCCCGCUUGUCUACGAAAACAACAACGGCCCUGUACCGCAGAAUGAUCAGGAGGAAAUUGAUGAAAACGACCAGCUGAGAAAUCGAGAGCCAGAGGAAGAUUUGCCAUUCGUGCCGCACAACGAAGAAACAAUACCUAGUUCGUGGACACCCAACAAUGAUGUAAACGGCAACAAUGAGGGAGCCAGCAGCGCAAACGGCGAGCGUAGCAUAGCUGGUGUUGCAGAGGCGGCUGAUAGCGGGGCUAAUGCAGGGGCAGCGGGAGUCCCGUGGCCCUUCACUGCUUCGCGACGGACUUCACUCUCGGAACUCUCGCCGCCGUCGCCUAAGAUGAUGCGAGGGGAUUCUAAAAACAACACCAAUCACGAAGCGGGUGACGGCAGCAGCGGCGGUGGGGGCCCGGAAAGCGCGAGAGACCCAGGGGCGCGUCGCCCCAGCAGCGGCACCAACGUCUUCAUCAACGUAAUCAACGCCGUGGGCCCGAAUACUUACCAGAACUACUAUUCAUAAUAAUUACAACUACCGUUCAGAUAAGUUUAUUCGUUUUAAAAAUGCAGUACGACAUUCAGUUACUGUAUAUGGAAAAGCAGUAAGAGGAUUACUUACUACAUUGUUGACGCGAAUGUCGAAUUUAUUCUCGGUAGUUCAUUCACAGGUGCCAUGAAAAGAGCAUCGAGAAUGCUUUCACCUUAGUAUUAACGUUUAGAUGGUACCAUGAAAGAACUUCAUGAUAGAGCUCAUUAGUAUAUCCAAAAGAAGGGAUAGUAGAACUACAAAGAACCUUAGUACCUCGUCAAUGUGCAAUUAACAUUUUGAAUGCUCUGCCGAUCUUGAUCAUUGGAACGGACAUUCUUCCACGAUUCUUGUCUGUGCUUGUUUAAAUUUGUCGCUGACUUAACAAACAGGCGAGUCUUCGUUUCGCAACUAUUCAAAACAAUUUUUCUCCAGAUUCUGAUAGCGUCGAAA